AUGUCACCGUGCACCGUGAGAGAUUUAAAAGAUAUGAAAACUGAGUACGAUCAGUUCAAGCAAGAACUGGGGGAGAUCGGCAAAUUCUAUGCUGAAGCAUCCGAAUCUGGACAGGAAGUGCUAAGGGCCUACGAAAAUCUUAAGUGUAUAUGGUCCUCAUAG